GAGGGCAGGCGGCUCCCGGUGUGUGUUAGGGGGCGGGAGUCCCAGUCCUGGUGGCUCCACGUUAUUUAUAUCGCACCGGGGACGUGAGUCCCGGUCCUGGUAGCUCCCCGUUAUUUAUACCGCACCGGGGACGUGGCCUGACCCGGGAUGGGGGAGGGGUGGCGGCAUGGGCCCCCACACCGGUCCGGCCCCAGCGUCCCCCCGGGAGAGGGCGGCCGACGCUGCCUCCUCCCCCGUUCUCGCCCUCCCCAUUCCGACCCCGCUCCCCCCCGGCUGACGCACAUCCUCCGCCCACGGCCCCGUCGCUUCCCGGCUCCACCGCCUACAGCGCGGGGGGGGGGCCCGCGCCCCGCUCCUCGCCCACGGGCAGGGGCCCACGCGGGGGGACGGGACACACGGGACGGCAGCGGGCACAGGGACCUCAUCCCCGUUUGUCCCGGGGAGAUGGAGGGGAGAGAUUCCUCCUGUCCUCGAUGCCGCGGUCGCCCCUGCCCCACUCCCCUCCAGGCAGGGGGGAUCUCCGCGUCCCCAGCUCCCCCACAAGCGGACCCCCCCCCCUCCACCACGCGUGGGCCCUUGACAAAAACAACCCGUGGCCGCUCUCUGAUAAGCGAAAGUGGCUGCCAAUCACCCACGGCUAGCGAGGGGGCGGGACUAGGCGCUGAUUGGCUAAGUCGCAUACCUGUCAAAGCCGUUGCUAGGGCGGGGCUUGCAGUUGCUAUGGUCUGGGCGUGCCCAUUGGUCUUUGUGGGAACGGGGGCGGGACCACGUCAGGGCUGCGUUGAUUGGCUGUCGCGAGGGGAGGGGCGGGGCCGGAAGCGGAAGUGAGGACACGACUGAGGCGGGAGGGAUGAAAGCAGCAGCGGCGCCGUUGUGGCGGUUGCUACUGCUCCUUUUGCCGCUGCCGCUGAGGGGCGCAGGUGCCAAGGAAUCGGUCAUCCCGCUCCAAGAGGGCCGCACAUACCGCCACACAGUUCCACAGCAUUUCUGCUACACCAACACCCGCGUCCCGCAAUGGCGCGACGUGUGGACCCGGGUGCAGAUCCGGGUCAACAGCAGCCGGACAAUCCGAGUCACCCAGGUGGACAGCGAGGAGGAGCUGGAGAAGUUCAACAUGUGGAACUUUGUUUCCUCAUUCCUGAAGGAGAAGCUGAAUGACACCAGCAUUGACGUGGAUCUCUACAGCAACAAGACCUGCCUGAAGGUCGAGCUGCUGGAGCCUAGCACCGAGUACUCCGUCAUCCUCUUCCGACGCUUUGACCCCAAGCUGUUCCUGGUUUUCUUCCUGGGGCUACUGCUGUUCUUCUGUGGGGACACACUGAGCCGGAGCCAGCUCUUCUACUACUCAGCCGGGGUCAGCUUUGGCUUGCUGGCCUCGCUGCUCAUCCUUGUCUAUGUGAUUUCCAAGAUCAUGCCCAAGAGAAGCCCUGUGUACCUCAUGCUGGUGGGAGGCUGGUCUUUCUCCCUGUACCUGCUCCAGCUGAUCUUCAAGAACCUGCGGGAAAUCUGCAAGUCCUAUUGGCGGUACCUCCUAGGCUACCUGCUGCUCGUAGGCUUCCUGAGCUUCGGCGUCUGCUACAGGUACGGCCCACUGGAGAACGAGCGCAGCAUCACCCUCCUCUCAUGGGCCCUGCAGCUCCUGGGGCUGCUGCUGAUCUACUCGGGCAUCCAGAUCCAUCCCAUCGCCUUGGCCGCGGUGGUCACCGCCAUCUGCAGCAAGAACCUGGACUACCCCCUGCACUGGGCUUUUGCUGCCUACAGGAGAGUACGGAGCGCCAGGCUGGGGCCGAGCCCCCCUCGCCUGCUAACAGAGGAAGAAUACCGGCUCCAGGGCGAGGUGGAGACGCACAAGGCCCUUGAGGAGCUUCGCAUUCACUGCAGAAGCCCAGAUUUCUCUGCCUGGACUGUGGUGUCCCGCAUCCAGUCUCCCAAGAGAUUUGCUGACUUUGUGGGUGGUGCCUCUCACGUCAGCCCCGAGGAGACCUCUGUCCAUGAGCAGGAGUACGGCCUGGGUGGCAUCUUCCUCGAGGAGCAGCUCUUUGAGGAGGAGGAGGAGGAAGAUGAGAAGGAGGAGGAAGAUGAGAAGGAGGAGGAGGGCUACUGGGACAAGAAUCACAGAAGCUGUUUCCUGUCCAACAACCAUCUGGCUGCUGAUUGAGGUGCCAGUGAGGGUGAUGUGCAUGAAGAGAACUUCGGACCCAUCCUGCCAGUAUCUGUGUGCUCUGCCUGCUGCCAGGCUCUGGAGAGGGCGUGGGCAGUGUGUGGCUGCCUCCUCCUGCUGUUACCAAAGAUGCCAGAGGGCUCCACCUGGCUGGGCUGUGCCUCUGCCUUGGCUUAAAUCUCUUGUGGAUACCAAAAAACCCAGCACCUCCCAGGUCGAGAUGCGGUGUGGCUGUCUCCUCUGCUGGUGCAGAGCUCCAAAGGCAGCCGUGAAGUCUUCCUGGUGCCCUGUGUGCCCAGCCCACUCCCCUCAGCUCCUGCGCUGUGAUGGAGGCUGAGCUCAGCUUCUGUCUGCCAGGCGGUCCCUGUGCUGAGGAUGAGUGUGGAUAUGCUUCCUCCUCGCUGGUGGUCAGGUGCCGGCAGCUGUCUGGCCCCUCACUCUGUUACACGGGGCCCAUCCCCACUGUGCUUCUGUCCUGGGAUGGGGCCAGAGAUGGCCCUGCCUGUGUUCCUGUUCCCCAUGCUGGAGAGGGGUCUCUAUUCUAUAGCAGCUGCCACUCCUCAGCUGUGCUGAAGCUGGGGAGGAUGCCCCAAUCUAUGCAAGUUUCUCAGGAAUAAAGCUGCCUGGGGCUGGGGUCCCGCAGCCAGGCCCUUGCCCACGGCAGAACGCCCUUGCUUUGUUUCUGUCCUAAGAUUGCUCUCCGCUCCCACUACGCUUUCUUCCUGCUCUGCAGUGAGCAGCCUCUACUACUGCCUUUCUCCCCUCUCCCUGGUUAACGACUGAUUGUAUUUUUAAUAAAGAUGUUAUU